AUGUCCACCACACACAUUAAACUUUCAGAAUUAAAAGAACAAGCAAAAGUACUAAAUGAGCCGAAUGAGUACAAAUUAAAAGUUUGGGUAAAAGCAACGGAAAAGUUGAUUGAAGAGGCAUGUCCUUUUUCUUCAAACUUCAAGGAAUUAAUCGAAAAUGCAAAUGAUCUGGUGCUAUAUAAAACAUAUCAUGAAUUAAAAAAGAAACUUCCUAAUAUUAUGACAGAGACAGAAAGAACUUCACUUCUAAUACAAAAAAAUCAAGAUCAAUUGGAUAAAGAUGAGAGUGAACAUAGCAUUAAUAAAAUGCCAGAACCUUUUACUUCAUUCAACUCAUCAAAUUCUAAUCUAAAUUUCAAUCAAGUUUUUGAUUCUUCUCCAGUGUAUAUUGUUGGAAACAAAAUGAUUGGAAAUUUAACGUCAUCAACACAAUCUCCUAACGCAAUCACCAUGACACCUGUGGAUGCCUACAAAAAUAAGAUUGAAAAGACUAAAGCUGACUUGAAAAACGAUGACUCAUUUUGUAACAAUAACAACAUUAAUAUUAACAAUGAAGGAAAUUUUGAUACAUAUGUAAAAGAAUCUUCAAGAAACUCCAUAUUAUACAAGUUUUCUAUAACACCCAAUUCUGAAACUAUAAAUGCUUCAGAAUUGAAUGAGCUUUUAAUAGAACCUGACACUGCACAAAAAAUCUUAUUGUUUGAUGUUAGGCAUAGGGAGGAUUUUGAUCAAAGUCAUAUAAAAACAAAAAAUAUUGUAUGUUUAGAUCCUCUCAUCAUAAAAGAUGGAGUUUCAUCGCUAGACAUGGAAUCAAAAUUAAUAAUUUCUCCAAAAAAAGAACAGGAUCUUUUUAAAAAUCGUAACCUUUUUGAAUUAGUUAUUUUAUAUGAUCAAGAUUCUGUAUCCAAAACUCCAAAAUUGGCUCAAACCAAUACCCUAAACAAUCUAAUUAACAUAAUCUACGAAAAUGAAUACAUGAAAAAAUUGAAACGUUCUCCAUUACUACUAAACGGUGGCUUUGCUUCCUGGAAACGUUUAUAUAGUGAGACGGGCACUGAGUCCACUAGCAGUGAAGAUGGAAACAUAAGUAAUCAGGUUGACGAGUACGGAUAUGAUUUAGGUCCUAUCAAUAAUCUUUCUACUACAAGAGCCAGAACAAAUAACCAUGAUAAAUCUAAAAGAAACGCAAUUAUCAUCCCAAAUGAUAGUUUACCUUUAUUAGAUACUCUUAGUCGUCAAAGCACGUUACAUAACGAACAAUCAUACGCAAGGAAUAUAACUGAUUACGUAAGUAUUAUUAUAGUUAUUUAUAAACAAUCAAUGACUGGAACCGGUCAUGAUCAAAUAGCUUACAAUUCGAACUAUUUAGAUUAUUCACAAACCAAUUCAACAAAAAUGCCAUCUCGUUAUCAAUCACCUGAAAGCUUACCAAGAAAUCCACAGAAAGAGCUCUCAGAUACUCAACGUGCUACUGAUUUGAAAAGACGUAAAACCAUUUUUGACCAUCCUUAUAAUGGUUUUACUAAUGUUCAAAACUCGGAUUAUUUACCAACACGUUCACAAAAAAAACAAAAUACUGCUGUAAACACUACAAUGUCACCACCACCUUUGCCAAAUAAAGUAUUACUACAGGUGGGAGGUAAUCCUACAUCGCCACCACCACCAUCAUCACCAUCAUAUAAAACAUCUCUUAUAGUGCCGAACGAACAACCAAUGGAAAUACUUAACAGACCAUCUUCAGGUCUUGGUCAUUAUCACCAGCGAUUUCCUACAUCCGAGAGUUCUUUUUCACAGCUGAGUUCAGGAAUUGGAAUUGCUGGAUUAAAAAAUCUUGGCAAUACUUGUUUUAUGAAUUCGAUCAUACAAUGUUUGAGCGGCACUAUUCCAUUUGCUCGCUACUUUUUAAACGGAAGCUACAAAAAUCAUAUUAAUAAAGUUAACCCUUUAGGCACAAAAGGUGCUUUAGCUAUAGCAUUUGCAAACUUGAUCAAAGUGGUAUGGAGUGGACAAUAUCCGGUUGUUUCUCCUGUAACAUUUAAACAAGCUAUUGGUGAUUUUGCACCUCAAUUUUCAGGAACUGAUCAACAAGAUUCACAAGAAUUUCUUGCAUAUUUAUUAGAUGGGCUGCAUGAGGAUUUGAACAUUGUAAAAGUUAAACCCAUUAUUAAAGAAUUAACAGAGAAAGAAGAAGAAAUCAUGGAAGGUCUUCCGAUUCAAAUUGCAUCAGUGUUUGAAUGGGAUAGAUACAUGAUGCGCAAUUCAUCUAUCGUGGUUAGUUUAUUCCAAGGACAAUUUAGAAAUCAACUGAAAUGUUUAUCCUGUGGUAAAACAUCCACAACCUACAAUACAUUUAUGUAUUUAUCAUUGCCAAUUCCUAAAUCAAAAUCAGGCAACAAAAAUGUUAAUUUAUUAGAAUGUUUAGAUGCUUUUAUUAAAGAGGAGGUUUUGGAGGGAGAAGAUGCAUGGAAGUGUCCUAAAUGUAAAAUACAUCAACGUGCAACAAAACGUCUUUCAAUUUCAAGAUUGCCCGAUGUUCUUUUAAUUCACCUCAAGAGAUUUUCGUUUAAAGGGCCAUUUAGAGAUAAAAUGGAAACCUUGAUCGAUUUUCCAUUAAAAAAUUUGGAUUUAACAAGAUAUGUUCCUUCCCCAUUACCACAAUCCGUUAACAAUUCUGGUAAAAAGGUGUUGUUGAAUUCCACCGACUCGGAUGCAUUGAUUGAUUCUUUACAACAAGUUGGACCUUUUGUAUACAAUUUAUAUGCAGUAUCAAAUCAUUAUGGUGGAUUGAACGGUGGACAUUAUACAGCAUGUGUACGAAAUAGUUUUAAAAAUGAAUGGCACAACUUUGAUGAUAGUCGUGUGUCAGUUUGUAAAGAAGAAUCUGUUAAGUCUCGUGCUGCAUACAAUUUAUUCUAUGUUAGAAAUUCUUUAUAA